UUAUUGCAACAAAUUUAUUCUUUAAUGAAAGCAAAACAAAGAAAGUAAAGCCAAGUUUUUAUUUGAUAAUGAUGUAAACGUUUUAAUUUUUAGGUCGAAAAUAGAAUGUUUUAUAAGAAGUCACUUUAGUUCUUAAAAUGAUGCGCAUUUCAUAUUAUUGCAUAAUAUAAGAAUUGUUUAAAGGCUCAAAUUAAAAUGGAUUCUAAAGAUGAAAUUGAGAACAGCUUAGAUCCAAGGUAUUCUGUGGAUCUAGGAACACGGUUCCUAACUAGCUGUGAGACUGGGAACACCUAUACAGUUCUUGAAUCACUUUACUUAGGUGUUGAUAUAAAUCAAAGAAAUUCUAAAGAAGAGUCGGGUCUAAUUCUGGCAGUUAAGAAUAAUCAUGAAGAGGUUUUAGAUAUUCUGCUGGAGAUGUCCGAUCUGAAGAUAAAUUUGCAGGAUAAGGAAGGAGAUACAGCUCUCUCACACAGCACGUGCUCGGGAAAAUUAAAAAUGACGCAGAAGCUGCUGGAACACCGAGAUAUCGAUAUAAACCUGGCAGACCGAGACGGUGUACCACCGUUACACAAAGCAGUCGCCAGCACCCAUUUCACACUUACUAAACUAAUGUUGGAACGAGAGGACUUGAAUGUUAAUGCUAAAAGUAAAUAUGGAUUUACUGCUUUAAUUCUAGCCGCAGGGCUAGGCAAGAUUGAAUUCGUGGAACUCCUUCUUGGUAGAACGGAUAUUGAAGUGAAUCACGUGGAGGGGAACAACUGCUCGGCUUUGAUGAUUGCUUGUAUGCACGGAUAUGUCCAGGGUAUUCGUGCCUUAUCACUGCCUGCUAUCAGAACCAACUUCAGUUAG